ACCCAUGCCCACUUGUUGAUAUCGUGCUGAUGGACCAGAGGGGGUGCUGGAGUCGCCGUACAGGGUAGCCGGGUCGGGCAUACACAGAGUAGCAACAGGCGCUGGGCAGCGGAGAGCCAUUAUUAGCCUAGUUCGCCAGAGCUCCGUCAGGCGCUCACACAACCUGUUGCGUCUGCUCGCGAUUUCUGAGCUCCAUUCCGAUCGCGUGUUCUCCCUAUACUUCUCGAUUUCUACUCGAAGUAUUAUUUUUGAAUCGUCGUUUCAAUCGACCAGAGAUGCAGCUCACUUCGGCAUAAUAAAACCAAGAGUUUGAACUGCACCGAGUUUUUUUCCUGGUCUUUUUUUUGUCUUUUCGAAAACGGAGUGCUAAGGGUCCAAAAGGAACCGACAUGCGGACGGACAGUGCCACUACUAACGACAACCCCAGGUUUUACGGCAUCAACAUGAAUUCUAACGCAGCAGCGCAGGGCAAGUUAUUGAAAGUGAGCGUGGAAGGCGGCGAGCUAGCUCCGGGGAGACGGCACGGCGGCGCCCGCCCGACCUGGGGCGGCAAGGCGGACUUUCUCCUUUCCAUCAUCGGCUUCUGCGUAGAUCUGGCCAACGUCUGGCGAUUCCCCUACAUGUGCUACAAAAACGGGGGAGGUGCAUUCCUGAUUCCCUACACGAUCAUGCUUCUCAUCUGCGGCAUUCCACUCUUCUACCUGGAGCUUGCCCUGGGCCAGUAUAACCAGACGGGCGCCAUCACGGUCUGGGACAAAGUCUGUCCCAUCUUCAAAGGCGUGGGAUGGUGCGUUGUCCUCAUCGCCUUCUUCGUAGACUUCUACUACAACGUCAUUAUCUCCUGGGCUCUCUACUAUUUCUUCGCUUCUUUCACGACCGUCCUUCCGUGGAGUACCUGUGAUCAUGAUUGGAACACCAUCUACUGCUUCGCACCAAUGGACGGUCCGGAGUACGAAGUGGAGGUGAAUGUCACCGCAGAAGAUGGCACAAAUGCCACCAUGGUUAUCAACAAGACAGUAUCAGCGGCUACAGAAUACUAUGAACGAGGUGUUCUUCAGAUCGACCAGAGUGGUGGGAUUGAGAACAUGGGUAAAGUGGUGUGGCAACUGAUGCUGUGCCUCUUUACCGUGUAUGUCAUCUGCUACUUCAGUAUGUGGAAGGGCAUCAGAGGAUCUGGAAAGGUGGUCUGGUUCACAGCUACGUUUCCCUACGUCGUUCUCUUUGUACUUCUGAUCCGUGGCAUCACGUUAGAGGGAGCGGGAGUCGGCAUCACGUAUUACGUCGUGCCAACCUUCUCCAAACUCCUGAAUGCUCAGGUAUGGGUAGACGCUGCCACCCAGAUCUGUUUCUCCCUGGGACCUGGGUUCGGAACUAUGCUGGCCUACUCCAGCUACAACAAGUUCAAUAACAACAUAUACAGGGACGCAAUGUUGACAAGCUGUAUCAACUGCGCUACCAGUUUCCUUGCUGGUUUUGUCGUCUUCUCAGUGCUUGGUUACAUGUCGGUGCGUAACCAUGUCGACAUCGAUCAAGUGGCCACCGAAGGUCCGGGUCUGGUGUUCGUGACGUACCCCGAGGCCCUAGCAACGAUGCCUGGCGCCCCCAUCUGGUCAAUCAUCUUCUUCUUGAUGCUGAUUACCCUGGGUCUAGACAGCUCGUUUGGUGGAUCGGAAGCCGUACUGACCGCCCUCUCUGAUCAGUUUCCGCGCAUCGUUCGGGAUCAUCGCGAGAUCUUCAUCGGCUGUCUCUUCGCCGUCUACUUCCUGGUCGGACUGGCCUUUACUUCCCAGGGCGGGGCGUAUCUGGUAAACCUCUUCGACAAUUUUGCUGCCUCCUACUCCAUCUUGAUUGCCGUCUUCUUCGAAGCUGUCGCCAUCUCUUGGUGUUACGGAAUGUCGUUCCCACCGACCAAACGCAUCAGCAGUGACAUCAAGGAGAUGCUGGGAUAUUACCCCGGUCUGUACUGGCGUGUCUGUUGGCCCGUAGUUGGCCCAGCAUUCGUUCUGUGUUGUAGUGCAUUCGGUCUAGCCAACUACAAGUAUCCGACCUACGAUGGCUACAAGUACCCACCAUGGGCCAUAGCGAUCGGCUGGAUGAUUGCUGGGGCGUCCGUGGCGCUCAUUCCCCUCACAGCUAUCUACAAAUUCCUCACCACUCCCGGAUCCAUAUACGAGCGAUUUAGGGUGAACAUGGACACACCACCGCAGUAUCCUACCGAGUUACCGUCGGCCAACCACUAUCCGUGCCAGCUGAACGGGGUCCCCAUGGACACAAAGCCGGUCACACACGUCUGAACAAUCACGGUAAAAGAGAAAACAAUCCAGGGAGCAGUGGUGAAUGUAUGGGGAUUGGGUGGGGCUGGGGGAAAGAGCUACGGGCAUGGGCGUCGCUAUGGUAGACCAUGGGGUGACCACAAGAUGGCCGGUCACCAUCUGACAAAACUGGCUAUAGGGGCGCUGUUAAAGGCGGACAAUUCUCUUCUGCAACCAGGUAUUAGCAGUUAGUAUUAUACGCCUGCAUAAAUCACGGUGAUUGAUACAAGGUGGAAGCUUCCCUGUGGCCUUGUGGUCCGGGCUGGUGGUUUCGGAUUAAAAAUUGCCGAAGGUUCGAAUCGUCCUUUUCCGCCAACAAAUUGUGAUUUGCUUUCUUUUAUCUCGUUUGUUAUUACAUCCUUUUUGUUAAUGAAAUUAAAAAUCUCUCUGACUUAAUACCCUCGAUGAAUUUUUAAAGGGAUGUAAGGUAACAACUGACGCAUGUGAGAUUCUUUCUGCAUUCAAUAUGGGACGUUGAACAAUAGAGGACAAUAGGGUCCCCAAUUCCCGAGAGGUCCCCUGUUUGGAUUCGUGUACAAAACAUAUGGGAAGUCUUCCUAAGAAGUACAAACAAAAGAGGGACAAUAGGUGGUCCCCGAUUGCAGGCAAAUACGCACCUCUGUACGUUAUGGUACGUAACUAGUCUUGGUUGCAGAAAAAAUAAUUAUUGAUGACUGGACAACAGUUGGACAAAAUCUGGAACUAGGUUGCGCCAUUCAUGCGGACUCUUGGCUGACAAACGAUUUUUUGCAGACAAGAACGAAGAUCUUCCGGCAAAACGACGGUUGGGGGAAUGCAACACCACCCCUCGCGCCUUGGUGACGCCCCUGCCGGCAGGUAAUUCGUCCAAGUGUUCAUGGUGGGUCUCAUCCUCUCCCGAUAACACAGAGUGCUGAUUGAUGUUUAAAUCCGUCACAGUUACUCGAUUUUGUAAAACAAAAAGCAAAAUUAUUCCAAGACUGACAUGAGGGUUAAUAUGACAGCAUUGAAUUUUCAUCGCCAAAAUAGGCAAUAAUUACCACAGUUAGAGAUAUUUCAUGUUUUCUUCAUAAAGGCAAUCCCGUUUAAUGCAGGCUGAGUAAAAAAAAUCAGAAACCAAAAUGUCGGGACUGGGAUCAAGUUCUGCAUGUAGCACUUUCAAAAUCUAGGAUGUGAAAGCCCAAUUCAAAAGCUUCCUUGAAGUAUAAGAUUUCAAAUCACCCAUGUACUUAUUUGAUUUAAACACAACCACCGUUUUACAGUUCUGUCCACGG